CUUAAUUUCUUUAUAUCAAAUUAAUCUCAAUAGAUUAAUUAAAGAUGAUAUUAAUAAUCAAAUUUAGAAUAACAUUAAUUAUUUAUAUCAUAAGUUUUAUCUUUCUUGCUUCAGGUUCGGAGGUUUCCAUCAAGCCCACAAGUGAUAGCCUUUCAACAAAAAAGAAGGAAAAGUGCACUUAUUUUGUGACAAUAGAGACAACAUGUACAAAAGGUGCAGACACCACAGAUCAUGUAAGUCUAAGGUUUGGUGAUGAAAAUUCCAAUGACAUUUUAGUGAACCAUUUGAAUUCUAAACAUGUUAGAAGAGUUGAUCCAUUGGAACCACAAGUUCUUGAUGACAUCCCAAGAAAACCAUUUCAAUCUUGCAUGAUUGAUCAAUUUCAAGUCACUGGUCAAUGUGUUAAAUCACCAAUUUGUUAUUUAUAUCUUAAAUUGGCUGGAAGUGAUGAUUGGCGUCCUGGUUUUGCUCAAGUUCAAGUCUUACAAGGACCUCAUUUUAGCUCAAAUAUGUUUUAUUUUCGACGAUAUUUGCCUCGUCGUGUAUGGCAUGGAUUGGACCUUUGUGAUACACAAGUGACACCUUUUGGGUUAAAACGUAAGAGAAAUGUUUUUGGAGAUGAAGGUCCGUAGAUUUUUCUGUGUCGUGUGAAAAGAUGAAGGUCCGUAGAUCUUUCUGUGUCUUGUGAAAAUUAUGAAAAUAAAAUAUGAUAAUUUUAAACUUGUAAUGUACUUUGAGUAAUUGAAUUUGUAUGUAUAGAGAUAGAUUCUCCUUUUUAAAAUCACAUUUCGUUUAAAAGGAAGUAAUUUGAAUCAUUGUUAUUUGAUUCAAUUCUGUUCUAAAAAGUUGAGGUACUUCGAAUUGUUUGUUGACAUGGACAAAGCCAGGGAAAA